AAUGACGGAGGAGGGUGUAGCAGAUAUGUCUACAGUUGAUUCAAAAUCAGAUUUAUCUGAAAACAAUGUUCUAUCUGACAAUGGAUUUAAUUCCACGUUCAGUUCUCCUUGGGGUGGUUCUUGUAUCAUAUCACAAGUGACACGGUUCAUUCAUAACCACGUACCUGAUGCAAAGUUGGUGGAAGAUGUUGGCUCUGAAGUGUUUUAUCUCAUACCCCCCUCUGCGCAGAGAUCUGGAGAGUUGCAGAGACUUUUCAAAGCAAUGGACGGUAAUCUGGACGAAUUACAUAUCAGCAGUUACGACAUAUCCGACACUUCACUCGAAGAGGUUUUCUUGAAAGUUACUGGAGAAGCUGGAAUGGUUGAACCCGAAGAUGAAGCUACGCCUGAGGAACAAGUUGCAGCCUUCUUUUCUGAUAAUGUGAUACUCCCUAAUUCAGAUUAACAACGAAGAAUAUGGAGAAGCAUUGGCUCUUGCUCAGGCCUAUAAUUUAGAUACUGAUCUUGUGUACCAGCGUCAGUGGAGAAAAAUGGCAGCUACUGUUGAGACUAUUAAUAAUUAUU